UUCAGAAUGAACAUCUAUCUCUUUUAUUGUCGGUUUAUUCUUCCUGAGUCCAAUCCUGGGACAAGUGUUUAAAAUUACACAGAAAAACGGUUCUCAAGGUCUGUGGCAGAUAUGGAUGAACUGCUUAAGUUGGAGGAAGGACUGUAUCUCAAUCUGGAACUAUAUAUUGCUGAGCUUAUUGUUAAACAUGAGACUAUUUUGCAGGGUAUAAGUAUGAUGCGUGAGUUACACCACCUCGAGUUGGAGCAGGGACCGAAUAAGUUCUGGGAAAAUCCUUUGAAUAGUUACUCACUCAUCCGGCACAUGCAGUCAGAUUGGUAUAUGUGGCAGUUUUAUAUGGAAAAGCCUGUGGGUCUAGAAUACCUAUCUAAUAUGGAGCAUUUGAAACCCAAAAUGCCUCAAGAUCAUGACUUCUUUGAUGCUGCCGAAGGCCUUCGAAGAAUGCAAUCAACUUACAAUCUAUUAGCGACGGACAUUUCCCAGGGAUUGUUGGAUGGAGUGCAGUACAACUCCUCGUUAACAGCUCUUGAUUGCUUUGCCUUGGCUGAACACCUCAUCAAUGGAUCGCGCUGGUCAAUUGCCCAGAAUUGGAUUGAAGCAGCUUCUCUUGAUUUGGAGAGUUCAAAUCCUCCACUAGCGAUUGAAUUGCUAAGAGGAAUAACCCCAGCGCUGCUCUACAGGACUUUGGGCAAAAUUCACUUGGAGGAGGGAAAUGUGAACAGAGCCUUAAAGGCAUACCAGAUUGCUGUAAGCUACUCUCCCCAGGAUGCGGAAUUAUGGCAAGAGUUUAUUAAUUUGGAACAAAUAAAUCUCAUAUUGCCUGAAAGCUAUCCCGCAAAACCAGAGAAGAUGGAUCCUAACGAGGAGAUAAAGUUGCCCUCCUGUUGCAGUGGUCGCUGUGAGCUGGCACCACAUCUUCAUCUGUAUUGUUUUUGGAACACCGAAACGCAUCCCUUUCUACGCCUGGCUCCCAUUAAGACGGAGCUCCUGUCGCUCGAUCCCCAUGUGAUCCUCCUUCAUGAUGUAGUUUCUGAGGCAGAACGUAAUCAUUUACGAUCGAUAAGCAAAAAUAAUCUGCUGCCAUCAAGUACGGUCGAUAUGGAUGCGGGCUUCAAAGAAAUCAAUAAAUAUCGCACUUCCAAGUCUGUGUCGUAUAAUGCGAGUACCACAAAUGUUACCCAAAGACUCACUGUCCUCUUGGAAGAUGCGACUGGAUUGGAUAUGAGACACUCGGAUCCAUUUGAAGUUAAUAAUUAUGGAAUAGGUGGCGUCUUUGAAACCCAUUUGGACUCUUUGCUUGACAACAAAGAUCGAUACAAUGGAACCAGAGAUAGAAUGGCCACCACACUCUUCUAUCUGAGUGAAGUUCCCCAGGGUGGUGCCACUGUCUUUCCAUAUAUAAAUCUCGCUGUGUUUCCCAAACCCGGAGCAGCUCUAUUUUGGUAUAAUACUGGAAAAGGCUACGAAAAUGUAAGAACGAUGCAUGCCGGAUGUCCUGUCAUCGUGGGUUCGAAAUGGGUCAUGAGCAAGUGGAUCUACGAUCUAGGACAAGAGCUUAGGGCACCCUGCCUGAAAUAAGGUUUAGAAGUCAAGAAACUAUGAAUGUUAAACAAUUUGAAAAUAUUCCAAUGAAGCAAAUAAAAUAAGAUCUUAAGAAA